ACAGCCCCUGUAGUCGAGUUCUGCCAGUACAGGAAUGUAGCUGACCCAUUGCUCCAGUUCGCCAUGAUAAGACGUUGAAUUCAAACGAAUACUAGCAGCCGCUGGAACCAUGUCUCACGAUAAUGUGGUUAACGGAUGCAAACUGGUCGCAGUGCUUCUUCUUUGGCUUGGUCCCCCUGCUGCAGACAAACUUGCAGGUUGUGCUCAUGCAGCAGAGCCCCGGGAGGCCGCUGAACCCGGCUUUGUCGAAUUGGACGAAGUGGUGUUAGUGAUCCAGAGUCAGAGGAACUCGUACCACGCCCGCCGAGGUCACCUGAGGAGGGAGGAGAUUCUGCAGCAGGCCGCUGAACUGGGACAGGGAGAUCCAGUUGUUCUUCUUCUCCACGAGCUGUCAGAGUAUGAAGGGGAUUGGAGUAUCCUCCCUGCGCUUCCUCAUCUCUCUGCCACUUAUGGCCAUUCAGCUUCCUGGUUUUUCUUCAUCGAGGAGGAAACCAGCGUCACACUUCCUGUCCUACGGCAGGUCCUCCACAGAUAUCCAGCCCAGGAGGAAUGGUUUUUGGGGAAGCGUCUCCAUGACAACGAGGCAUCCAUCAUCCACCACUAUGCCUUCUCUGAAGAACCCAGUUCAUUUGGUUACCCUGACCCUGCAGCCGGCUGGGCUCUCAGCACCCCGCUGCUCCACAGACUCGCUGGUCGGAUCCAGCACGAGCAUCUGAAGUCCGAUUUCACCAUUGACUUGAAGCACGAGAUUGCGUUGUAUAUUUGGGAGGAAGGAAACGGCCCAAAGCUGACAGUAGUUCCAGAGUUUUGUACAGCGACGACGAGAGACGACUGUGCUACAACAUUUACAACCUACCUGCCCAACUGUGGAGAUCCAGUGCCCAAGAAAGACAUAUUUGUUGCUGUGAAAACUUGCCACAAAUUCCACUCGGAGCGUGUACCAGUGGUGAAAGCAACGUGGCAGAAAGACGCUGGGUUUUUAGAGUUUUACAGCGAUGCCACUGAUGAAUCCAUACCCACAAUCAGUCUGGGAGUGCCUAAUACUGAGAGAGGACAUUGUGGCAAGACAUUUGCCAUCUUGAGACGGUUCCUCAGCAAGGCUGUGCCAAAGACUGAUUGGCUGCUCGUUGUUGAUGAUGAUACACUCAUCAGUUUGCCCAGGUUGCGGCGACUGCUGCGUUGCUAUGACCCUAAGGAGGCAGUGAGCCUGGGGGAGAGAUACGGCUACAGCUUGGUUCUGAAAGGAUACAGCUACACCACGGGAGGAGGAGGGAUGGUGCUCAGUAGGGUGGCGGUGUCCAGGCUAGUUUCCAGCGGUUGUAGCUGCUACAGUGAUGACGCUCCUGAUGACAUGGUGCUGGGCAGGUGCUUCACUUCUCUGGGCGUUCCCAUAACACACAGUCCACUGUUCCACCAGGCCCGACCGGAUGAUUACUCUGAGACACUGACCUCCUUGCAACAGGCCAUCUCCUUCCAUAAGCACUGGAACAUAGAUCCUGUGGCUGUCUACCAGCGCUGGCUCCAGGACACAUGCCCACGAGAUGAACUGUAGACACACACUGAACACUGAACACAGAUUUGUAUCAGCAGAGCUAAAGAAGAGCAAACGUGCAGCCACCAUCGCAGGAAUAGAAAUACCUUAAAAGUGGCACAGUGACUUGGCAAACAUGCAAUGAAAUAUUCUUACAAGCCUUAAUGCCUGCUUUGAUAAAUAUUUUUGAUAUCAACAUGAAAUCAAAUGAAUGUGAAAUGCAAAAGUGGUCACAGUCUGCAGCUCUACAAAGCCUUUUUAGUUGAAUUUAGCUCAUUUAUUGUUUAAUAGCCUGCACUCUGAUUAUAUGAAUGAGUCUGAGAAAAAAGCUCCGUUAAAAAGCAAAGAAAGCGUGCUCAGUUUAUUUCUUUGUCUCCAUAGAUACAGUAUGAGAAUGGCUGUAUGUCUUGUUUUAAGUUUUUCUGCCCCCUAGUGGCCAAUUCAUCAGUUACUGUAAUGCAGCUGUUUUAGAAUCAUGUUAGCUACUGAUACCCUGACAAAGCAAUAAAACAAAAAGCUAGUUGAUCUGCAAGGCUAACAUGCUCACAGUGACAAUGCUAACACACUCAUGUUUAGCGUCUACAUUUAGUAUAUUAACGUGCUAACAUUUGGUUGCUGCGAAUCCCAAUAAUAUUAUAGCCUGGCAAUCCAGUCAAAUAUAUUUUAGGUAUUUUGGUCUGGACCAAAGUAGUGGACCAAUCAACUGACCAUGCUGCUAGCAUUGCCAAAAAUUACUCUUCAAAUUUCUCGAGAAGCAUGAGGACUUUCAGUCUGUUGGCCAUUCGCGGCAAAGCAUCUGAAGGUGCUCACUGAUUAAACUCAAAGUGACACUGGUUAUUAGUUGUGUUGUGAGAGUGGAUGUCUGGAUGUCACUGCUGUCACUUUACUGGCAAACUAAAUUUGAAUAAAAGCAUGAACAAAGAUGUUUAAUAUAUUUAAGUGGCUUACAUUUGUUCAUUAUUUGUUGGAAUGCUAAUCUAUUUCUCAUUUCUCAUUUGGAUCUAUUUCUCAUAAGCAUUACGGGG